CUUUUUUUGAUGGAGUCAGCCUUUUCAAAACCAGUGUCUUUUGGUGCUACGCUCGGACUGUUCGAAGGCUUACGGCAGUUUCCCUCACAAAAAAAAAAAUAGUUUUAAGAUAUUUUUGUCUUAAAUUUAAUUUAACUUUUGCCUGCUAAAUCAAUUUAGGAUAAUAGUGAAUUUACAGCCAUGGUUUAUUGGAUUGUUGCGACGUUGGCCCUUUUUGCUCUCCAAACUUCAGCAUAUGUGCCACACAAUGACUCCAGACUCAACCUGAGGACGUUUGCCGGGAUCUUCCUGUCGGUGACUGAUGAGCCCAUCGACUACAUAGGGCUGGAUGUACAGGAGGGCAGUGGCUCAGGGAUGGCCCAGGAGCCAGUGAAGAAGCAGGAGCAUGGCCAUCACGGCCCUCAUCGCUCCACCAAAAUCGUCAUCUCUGAGGAGGCCCGCAGCUUCCUCCAGGGUCGCCUAGCAACGGCCUUCGUCCCCACAGUCUACACCCUGGUCUUCAUUAUCAGCGUCCCCCUCAACCUGAUUGCCGUGGUGAUGUUUGUGCGUCGUAUCCGUCCGAGGAAGCCGGCAGUGAUCUACAUGCUGAACCUGGCCAGUGCCGACCUCCUCUUCGCCCUGCUGCUCCCCUUCAGGAUCUCAUACCAUUUCCACGGCAACAACUGGGUUUAUGGCCCCUUCAUGUGUCGCCUGGUGACGGCAGCCUUCUACUGCAACAUGUACUGCUCUGUCCUGCUCAUGAUGUGCAUCAGCAUCGACCGCUUCCUGGCGGUGGUCUACCCCAUGGACUCCCUGACGUGGCGUAGUCCACAGACGGCCGCCGUGGUCUGUGGUGCCAUGUGGCUGUUGGCCUUGGGAGGAGUGACCCCCCUCCUGCUCUCCAGACAGACCAUCCACCUCCCAGAUGUGGGCAUCACCACCUGCCACGACGUGCAGGAUGUAGGCAAGCUCCGUGCCUACUACCUCUACUUCUUCCCCAUUUACUCCUCCAUCUUCUUCUUCAUCCCUCUGGUGUUCACCGCUGUGUGCUACGUCCGUAUUGUGCAGGCCCUGGCCGCAGCCAAUGUGGAGAACCGCUCCAGGAAGUCUCGUGCAGUGGUGAUGGCGGUGACAGUGCUGGUGGUGUUUGUGGCCUGCUUCACCCCCACCAACGUCAUCCUCCUGGUGCACUACCUCAAGCUGGCCCACGGACGCAGCGACAGCUCCUACCAGGCCUACCUGCUCUCCAUGUGUGUGGGCAGCAUUAGCUGCUGCCUGGACCCCCUCAUCUACUACUUUGGUUCGUCCCAGUGCCAGAGACAGGUGGCAGCUCUGCUGGGCUGCAGACAGGCUGGGCCAGGAGCAGAGCUAAGCUCUCAGACAGGCAGUACCAGGACCAGCAGGCUGGAGAGCAUUCAGAGCACUGUGGGCAGUCAUUACAGGAAGCUCAUGGCCUGAUGCCUUGGGACUGUGAAUUCGAACAGACUCUAGGGCUGCAUCUCGAUAGUCUAGAGCAGGGUUUCUUAAACUGUGUGUCGUAACCCAAAGUGGGCCCUGGGCAUGUGAGAGGUAGGUCGCUAGUUAUGAUCUGCAUCUAUAAUCACUCGGGCUGUCAAACGAAAACAUUUCAUCGAGUUCAUGGCAGAAUUUGGUGUGAUUAAUUGCGAUAAAUCGCAAAUUCUGAAUGAUCUCAAAUUUAGCUGUAAUUUACCAUUGCUUUUAAUACAAAAAGCAUUACAAGAAUAUUGACAACUUGAUUUUGUCCAAAGUAAUGGUAAGCAAAAUCCAUUAAAUUGAUAAAGCACACUCUUUAACCUCAAUGUCAACUUGUUUUGACAUCGCAUUGUUGUUUUUAGCAGUAUAGAUGAUGUAUUUUGGUUGCCUGACGACUCAAACUGAAUUAUUCCGCUGCUCUAUGUUCGCUACAUACGUCAGUCAGACUGCCAUCGUUGAAGUCGUUUGUAGUGACGUCAAAAUGAGGGGUGUUGUACAAAAUAAAGUCAUCAGAAAUUGGUUCGUCUCUAACCAAUCAGGGUAUCAAAGCCAGUGACGAAUUUUCUACAUGCCGCUAAUACCCACGUGUUCUUGCUCUGGCCCAACGUAACGGAUUAACUCUGACAGCCCUAGUAAUCACACACUAUUUCUUCUUCAUGUGGGUCUUUGGAGGAUGAUUUGGGUCACUAGAGGAUGGUCAAUUUCUCAUUUGGGUCUCGAGCUGAAAAGGUUUGAGAACCCCUGGUCUAGGAUGUCUUCGUCUCCUCCCUCAUCUAUUUCCCUUCAUCUGCACUGAUUUAAAGCAUUAUAUAGAUGAAGGCAACAUAUGGAUGCCUACCAGGCAUUUGCGCUCACCUGUCCAGUACCUUUAGAACAAUGCAGAUGAAAGUAAGGAGACAAGGAGAGGACGCCACAUAAGAGUAUUGAGAUGCAGCCACUGUUUACCCUGUCCACCUUGUCAAGUGGCAGAGCUUGAAUUUAUUGCACUUUUCUUUUGAUUGUCUUAACGCAAACUAUGAAAAAACAAUUAAGUCAAGGGCCAUAUUUUAAUGCCAGUCUAUUGAUAUUUACAUGUCUAUAAAUGCUUUGUUACUGCAGAUACUGUAUAUUGAGUAAUGCUUAAGGCAAAAUUCUGGAAACAUUCAAUAAAUUUCCAGGUUUUCCAGAAAUCCUGGUUGGAGGGAUCCGGGAAUCCUCCAACUAGGAUUUUGGGAAAACCAUAGAAUUUAUUGAAAGUUCACGUAAUUUUCUAACCUUAGUAAAUAAUACUGUUUAGUGUGCACAUAUAUAUAUAUACACACACACACACACACAGUGUGUUGGAAAAGUAAUCAGACCCUUUUACUUUUUCCACAUUUUGUUAUGUUACAAACUUAUUCUAAAAUUGAUUUUCCUCAUCAAUCUACACCCAAUACCCCAUAAUGACAAAGCAAAAACAGGUUUUUCAACAACAAAAAAGUACAUUUAUUAAAAAUGAAAAACAGAUACCUUAUUUACAUAUUUAGGCCCUUUGCUAUUUGACUUGACAUUGAGCUCAGGUUCAUCCUGUUGCAUCCUGUUUCCAUUGAUCAUCCUUGAGAUGUUUCUACAACUUGAUUGGAGUCCACCUGUGGUAAAUUUAAUUGAUUGGACAGGAUUGUCACGAGGCACAGAUUUGGGGAAGAGUACCAAAACAUUUUUGAGGUAUUGAAGUUCCCCAAGAACACAGUGGCCUCCAUCAUUCUUAAAU